CUGAUUUGCUGGUGUCUUCGGUCAUGGCGUACAGGCAGAGAGGAGACAGUGGGAGACCCUCAAGCUGGUUCAGUGCAGACUGGAGCACCUACAGGUCAUUUCCUCUAUUCUUCGCCCUUUUGACUUCGGUGAACUCAAUACGUGUUCAUCAGUUGGUGGAUCCUGCCUUCCCAGGUACUGUCACUUGCUAUGAAAAUAGAAUGAUAGUGGCGUUUCCAAGCAUUCUUGCCAACAAGAUACAGCACGCAUCUGUGGUGGAUCCCCUUGGUCUUGAAAUGCUGAACUGCACUUAUGUUCUGGACCCAGAAAAGCUCACCCUGAAGGCCCCAUAUGAAACCUGUACCAAAAGAGUACUUGGCCAGCAUCAGAUGACCAUCAAACUCAUGGACGACAAUGCUGCCUUAAGACAAGAGGCUCUCAUGUAUGACAUCAGCUGUCCAGUUAUGCAAGCAGAAAGCCACGAGCAGCAUUUGGGAUCCACAGUCUGCUUGAAGGAUUUCAUGUCUUUUACCUUUCACUUUUUUCCUGGCAUGGCUGAUGAAAGUGGGGAUACCAAACCUCAGAUGGGAUGGACCUUUGCAGUUGGUGAUGGCGAAAGAGCCCAAACUCUGACCCUUCAGGAGGCUAUGACCCAAGGGUAUAAUCUCCUGAUUGACAACCAGAAGAUAAGCGUCCAAGUGUCAUUCCACGCCACUGGAGUGACUCACUACUCGCAAGGUAACAGCCACCUCUACAUGGUGCCUCUGAAGCUUACGCACGUAUCUCCUGGGCAGACGAUCGUCUUAUCAUCACGACUCAUUUGUGUGUCAGAUCCUGUGACUUGUAAUGCCACACACAUGACUCUCACCAUACCAGAGUUUCCUGGGAAGUUAAAAUCCAUGAGCUUUGAAAAUAGGAACAUUGCUGUGAGCCAGCUGCACAACAGUGGGGUUGAUGUGGAAACAACAAAUGGCUUGAGGUUGCAUUUCAGCAAAACUCUCCUCAAAACGAAAUUCUCUGAAAAAUGCCUACCCUAUCAGUUCUACUUAUCGUCACUCAAGCUGACCUUUUACAUUCAGCUGGAGAUGGUAUCCAUGGUGAUUUAUCCGGAGUGUCUCUGUGAGUCAACAGUUUCCAUCGUUUCAGGGGAGCUAUGUACUCAGGAUGGGUUUAUGGACAUUGAGGUCUACAGCCAUCAAACAAAACCGGCUCUCGACUUGGAUACCCUCAGGGUGGGAGACUCAUCCUGCCAGCCAAUCUUUAAAGCUCCAUCUCGGGGGCUGGUGCAGUUUCACAUACCCCUGAAUGGAUGUGGAACAAGACAUAAGUUCAAGAAUGACAAAGUCAUCUAUGAAAAUGAAAUCCAUGCUUUCUGGGCAGAUCUUCCUCCAAGCACAGUUUCCAGAGACAGUGAGUUCAGAAUGACGGUGAGGUGCUAUUACAGCAGCAGUAACAUGCUAAUAAAUACCAGUGUUGAAAGCCUUCCUCCUCCAAUGGCCUCAGUGAAGCCAGGUCCACUUGCUUUGACCCUGCAAACCUACCCAGAUAACUCCUACCUGCAACCAUAUGGGGAGAAGGAGUACCCUGUGGUGAGAUACCUCCGCCAACCAAUUUACCUAGAAGUGAGAGUCAUAAACAGGACUGACCCCAACAUCAAGCUGGUCUUAGAUGACUGCUGGGCAACAUCCACCAGGGACCCAGCCUCUCUCCCUCAGUGGAAUAUUGUCGUGGAUGGCUGUGAAUACAACCUGGACAACCACAGAACCACCUUCCAUCCGGUUGGCUCCUCUGUGACCUAUCCUAAUCACUAUCAGAGGUUUGACGUGAAGACCUUUGCCUUUGUGUCAGAGGCCCAAGCGUUCUCUCACUUGGUCUACUUCCACUGCAGUGCCUCAAUCUGCAAUCAACUCUCUCCUGACUUCCCUCUGUGUUCUGUGACCUGCCUUGUGUCAUCCAGAAGCAGGCGAGCCACAGGAGCCACUGAGGAAGAGAAAAUGAUAGUGAGUCUCCCGGGUCCCAUCCUCCUGUUGUCAGACAGCUCUUCACUCAGAGGUAUGGAUUUAAAGCCUUGGGUACUUCUUGGACUCAAGUUCUUGGUUUUAUUGUCUGCUUCCUUUCCAGACGCUGUGGACUCUAAAGGGCAUGAGACUGCUGGAUAUGUUGCUUUUCCAACUAUGGUUGCUGUGGUUGCCUUAGCAGGCAUUGUGGCAAUUCUAAGCCUUAUCAGCUACCUGCACAAGAAAAGAACCAUAAUGCUAAGUCACUAACUGGAUAUUCCAACAAAGUGGUCAACAUAAGCCUCUUGCUUCUUUCUUAUUAAAUUUUGAUGGAAUUCAAGGAC